UUAGCUUGAUCCACGAGAUCAUCCUUCCCACUAUGUCCUCACCACCCAAGAGGUCCAAUACCGCGGCGCCGUCUCCUCCGCGACCCUCUUCCCCGCCCCCGGGGAAGGGGUCGAUGCGAGCACGCAUGUCGACUGCCAUGCGCCGCGCGUCGACUGGCCUCUCGAUCACCCAGGCUCUCUCGCGGACUUCCUCCAAGUCCUCUUUGAAGGACUCUCUGAAGGUGUCUACAGACUCGACGCCGGCGCCGCCCUCAGUAGAAGAUGCGCGACCAGGAGUCAGUCCCGUUGCAGAAUCCCCUGCCCGCGAAGAAGCCGCAAACCUCGCUGAAGGCACCACAAGUAUACUUCGUCCAUCCCCGCUUGCAAACGUGGUCGUGACCGAGCCGACGCCGGAGCCGACUCCAGGACCAACUCCUGCUCUGGAGCUCAGCGUCACCGCUUCUCCGGAGCAAAUACCUGGCGAACUUCCGCAUCAAACGCCUGUGACCCCACUGGAGGCCUUCGGCUUCGGCGACUCCAUCCUCCCUACCACUACGUCGAAGCCGACUAAUGUCGAAAGUCCCCAGCUGCUUCCUCAGGAUGCUCCCGCGAUCGGCGAGCCUGUCUCCCUUCCCGAGCUUACUCCAGCAGUCCCUCUUCCUCCGCCCACGGUGGAGCCUGAGGAACCGAUAGCCCUCGAGGACGGCCGCCAGGACUACUUCUCUUACGGCGAUCCAGUUGUUGCUGCAACUUCUGCUCCCCCUCCGAAGAACGACGUCACCGGUGUCUCUCAGUCCAGCCGUCAGCAAGCAGCUGCGCCGUACAGCCUCGGUGAGGGUGACGAUGCCUCUGUUGCAGAGACCCUCCGCUCGGAUACGGAACCUGUCGUUGAGCCUCGUGCAGACAUCCAAAAUACCCCAUUUUCGUUCCCUCUCCCCCCAAGAACCAUGUCAUUGGUCCAGCUCGGUCCAGCCGUCAGCCAGUGA